UUGUUUUAAUCAGCCUGAAUUAUGAAAAUAUGAAGUUACUGUCAUUGGAUAGGCUAUUUCAAAUUCCACAGGGUGGCUGAUUUACAUUCACCAUCUGGCAAUCUGACACAGGUGGGACCAGAACUGCAAUGUGAACGUUCAUGCUGAAAUUUAGAGAGAGAGAGAGAGAGAGAGAGAGAGAGAGAGAGAGAGAGAGAGAGAGAGAGAGACGUGGGGGUGAGCAAGCCAGUGAGUGAGAGAGAGAGAGAGAGAGAUAGAGAGAGAGAAGAAAAAGCCAUCCUCCCUCCUGUAGAUCCAUCAGUGGGCAGGCAGGAGACGGAUGCAAGCUCUCCUCCCUCCCGCUCUGUUGCAUCCAUCCAUUCUCUUAUCCAUCCAUUCAUCUCUCCAUCCACCCAUUCAUUUCCAAGGGCGUCACAAAGGGGUGACAAGACCCAACUGAAAGGCACAUACAUGUAUACGUGUGCAUGCGCGAGUCCCCUUGUGUAUGUAUGCGUAGCGUCUGGUCUGCCUGUGGAUCCGCUGACAUGAGGAGCUGAAACAGAACCGACAGAAGGAUGAAAAUGCUCCGGUUUCGCAGCCCCAGCAUCCGCUCCUUGGACCAGGAGGUCCUCUGCACGAUCCGGUUACUGGACGACUCCGAGAUCUCCUGCAGCAUCCAGAGAGACACCAAAGGCCAGUUCCUGUUGGACCAUGUAUGUAACCACUACAACCUACUCGAGAAAGACUACUUUGGUAUCCGAUAUGUGGACCCCGAGAAACAGAGGCACUGGCUGGAGCCCAAUAAGCCCGUGGUGAGGCAGAUGAAGUCAGCUCAGCAGCCGUACACCAUGUGCUUCCGGGUCAAGUUUUAUCCCCACGAGCCAAUGAAAAUCAAGGAGGAGCUCACCAGGUAUCUCCUGUACCUCCAGCUGAAGAGAGAUAUCUACCAUGGUCGUCUCCUCUGUCCUUUUGCUGAAGCUGCAUAUCUGGGAGCCUGCAUCGUACAGGCUGAGCUUGGGGAUUAUGACCCAGAGGAGCAUCCGUCAGACUAUAUCAGUGACUUCAAGCUGUUCCCUAAACAAUCCCUCAAACUGGAGAGGAAGAUUAUGGAAAUACACAAGAAUGAGCUCAGGGGCCAGUGUGCUGCUUUGGCAGAGUUGAACAUGCUUCAAAGGGCUCACAGCCUGGAAACAUAUGGAGUUGACCCUCAUCCAUGCAAGGACUUUACAGGCUCCACAGCCUUUCUCGGGUUCACAGCCACAGGUUUUGUGGUCUUCCAGGGAAACAAGAGAAUACACCUCCUCAAAUGGGCGGAUGUCAGCAAGCUGAAGUUUGAAGGGAAAACCUUUUAUGUCAUUGGGAUUCAGAAGGAGAAGAAACUGGUGUUGACAUUUCACACCUCGACCCCUGCGGCGUGUAAGCACUUAUGGAAGUGCGGGGUGGAGAACCAGGCCUUUUACAAGUGUGCGAAGUCAAGUCAGAUAAAGACAGUUUCUAGCAGUAACAUCUUCUUCAAAGGCAGCAGGUUCAGAUACAGUGGAAGAGUAGCCAAGGAGGUGAUUGAAGCCAGUUCUAAGAUUCAGAGAGAGCCACCAGAGGUGCGCAGAGCCCAGUUUGGUCAGAGUCGAAGUUUUAACUCACUGAGCCAUAAAAACCUCAUCAUGAACAUGGAACCUCUGGUACCUGCACUGCCCUCCACCAACGAAUAUGAAGAGACAGCCACAGACAAUGGUGUUGUUGCUGUGAAGGACUCCAUUCCCUUGUCUCCUCUCAAACCUUCAACCGCACCCACAGACACAGAGCAACAAGGUACUGAAGGAGGAAACUCUACUUUGAGCAAUGACCUGCAGCCUCCCCGUGUUUCCAUGGAAACCUCAAAUCUACGACCUCAGGCGCCCAAAGCUGAAGAUGAAGUGGGGGAAGACGACGAGGCCAGUGGUGCGCUCACCAUUUCGGAGCUUGCAUACAGCCCCUGUGCCAGCAUGCUGCCCACCCCAGUGGACGACGGUCAGGGAGGCGUCGACUUGCUCUUCUCCUCUCCAGUCCAGAGCCCGGCCAGGCUGCUGAGGGAGCUCCACGCUGACCCCGACAUCCAGGCCCAGCUGGAGGCUGAGAGGGAGCGAGACCGGGCCUACGAACGUGCCCGACUGGCAGCAAGAAGUCGGAUGGGUGGAGUCCUGACCAGCAGCCUGCGCCUGCUGUCGUCCAACGAGCGAAUCAAUGCAUGUGUGCUGAGCGUGGCCCGCUUUGUUGCCGUGGUAAUGGGUGUCCUGCUUGUCACUGUGCCCACACUGCUGCUACUGUUGGAGUCAGACAUAGACGUGUCGUUCCUCCAUGAGAUCCGCCAGACGCCAGAGUUCGAGCAGUUUCACUAUGAGUAUUACUGCCCUCUUCGACGCUGGAUCCUGUGUAAGAUCAGCAUGGCCAUGGAGAACCUCUGGUCAGACUGAAGAGGAAAAGAAAUAGAAUGAAAAGGAGAGAGUGAGAAGGCACUGAGGGGCCCAAAAUGUCUGUCUUAACAUAUAAUCUAAUCUUAUAUUCAGUCUUAACAACUGGUGUCUCUUGAAAUAAAAGUCUGCCAAUGGGAUGAAAUGAUUCCACUUGUUUAAGAACGAGUCAAAUUUAUAUUAUUAUCAGGUGCAAUGCAUCACUUAUGAGGGCUCACAAAAUUAUAGGAGGAUAAUUUAUUUUAAAAAGCCUCAGAUGGAAAUACUGUUAGGGUUCCCAGAAAGAAGAUGCCCCAUUGUACAUGACUGAAUUAUCAUGAUUGAAUUACCCUGAAACAAGGAGAUUUGCUUUAACCUCUUUGGCAGCAUACUAUACUGUCUUGAAGAAAAGGGAGAUAGAUAAGGGAGAAAUAACAUUUUAAUUGUAGAAUCCAAUUUUUUGUUAAGACAGACAUUUUUGGCAGUAAUGAACUGAAAAGAAAGAGGACAAGAAAUACUGUAAGUGUUCGAGGAGGAACUCAUUGAAAGGAGAGAAUAAUGAAAAUAUAUAAUGAGGGAGGUCAUGGAGAAAGAAAAAAAAAAUCACAAAAAGAAGAGAAGUUGUUGGUUUCAGUUUAGAAGUUUUAAUGGUCUGUUCACUCCUGAUGCUGACGAGUUGAUGCAGAGACUUUUUGGUAAAUAUCACAAACCGUUCUGAUUGGUUCUCAUCCUCAGAGCAGAGCACCUGAUUGGUCACAGAGCAUGUCAGUCAUGACGGAGUGGGUGGGAACAGAAAGAGAGAGCAAGAGAGAUUGAUUGAUUUGUCAAUGAACGCAACAAUAGCCACAGUCAGAGGUUCAUUAUAUAUAUUUAAAAACUAAAGAGAAUAUUGAUAAUACCAAGCUUAAAUAAGUUGUUUUUAAUGUUUUGUACAUUUUUAUGUGAUCCAGAUCUUUCAGGAAUUUUUCAGUCAGAGGAUCUACUUUGAGCUUAUUUUGAAAUUAAGAGUUUACAAAAGAUUACAAAAAAAAGCAAAUUUAUUGAAGUUUAUGGGGGUGAUGGGUGUUGAGAAAUUUAAACUAUUUUUUAAGACUACCGUCAAUAUUUAUUGACUUGGUAGCACCCUGGGUUUUUCCUACAGAGGUUAUAGCACAAAUCUUUUACACAGACCACAGAUUACAGCAGUUUCAGAUUAUGUGAUGUCAUUUUGGAAACAGGACGGUGGCAUGAGAGAAACUUUAGUCUGUUUGUGAUGAUUAAAAAUGUGUGUGUUUCUUUGAACUUCUAAAUGUCUUCUGAACUAAAUGUUAGCUCAUUGAUUAAGGCUACUAGUGCAUCUUUCAACAUGGUUUUAGAGAGUUUUAACAAAAAUAUAUGAAGGAAUGCUGGGGGGGGGUUACUUGGAAACUUUUUUGGACAGGAGGUGGGGCCUUGGUUAGCUGAUGGUGUGCUAGGUUUGGGGGAGCUCUAUAUAUGUUUCAGUGGGACUUGAAGAGACAGGAAGGUACUUUCAAAAUGCCCAGAGGCACAGGCGUGUAUUGUCCAACUACACUGCUGGUACAUGACACAGGAUGGGACAAGUGAUGUGUUUAAUGGUUCAAAAUCUCUCACACAGGCCAUUUCCCGGUGUAGAAGUUGUUUAGAGUACAGUUGCAGGUAUUUAACUUCCAGACGUGGAUUAGCAUUUUAGCCACAAAAUCAAAUUAGAAGUAAUUUGUAGCCAUUUGUAAGAAGAUCAGUGAUAACAUUGUAUCAAGCAUCCUGUGUUAGAGUUAGUAUUUUCUCAUUUUAAUGUCUGUGACCAACAAGACAAAGUUAUCAGGAGUUAUAGAUGGAGAAGAUGUUUAAAAGUGACAUUUGAGGAAUGUGACUUUUAGUUGGUACAGUAUGAGGCUGUGUUCAUGGACAUUCACUGCUGUUAUGACUGGGGUUCAGAAAAAUGAACAGUAUCAAGGUUAAACCGUGAGGGGAAGCAAAACGGUGAUUUAAAAAUCUUUAUUUGGUCCAAAAAACAGAACGAGGAAUGAGCUGUAGGAUGAGUCUACACACUAGGGGUUCAUUUGUGUUGAAAUGUGUCAGUCUUUGUCAUACAGUAUAUCAUUUUGUGUACUUUGACAAAGCUGAGGUCACAGUAUGACAUGAAACUGUGACUUAAACAAUGUAUAAAUUGACUGAUCUUUGGACUAAAGACUAAAUCUGAUUCCUGUAGCCUGGCUACUUUUAGGAACUUGCAGCCAUCACAGUGUGAUUGUUCAGCAUACAGCCAGUGCCUGUCAGUUAUAGUAUAGUGGCUCUGAAUGAAGAAGAGAACAGAGAGGUAUAGGGAUGAAAAAUGACUCCAGAUCAAAUGAAAACAUGUUGUGUUAAAAAAAAAAAAAAAAAAAAGUUCUGUUCAAAAUGUAGUUUGACAUGGAUAAACUUCUCAGGAAAGGGCAUUAGCAGUUUAUGUUUAAAAAAAAACUCUAUGUUUAUAUAUAUAUAUAUAUAUAUAUAUAUAUAUAUAUAUAUAUAUAUAUAUAUAUAUAUAUAUAAACAAUUAAAAAUGAAAACAAAAAUGCAUCUAAUCACAGCAUAAACUAUAUAGUUUAUCCAUAACAUUCAUACAUGUCUCACUAUUAUGAAUAUCUAAACACUGUAUGUAUUUAUACCAAGUCUGAAGCCAGACAUAAAUAUGGCUGCAGACUUUCUGUGUUGUUGUAGCGUCAUCUCACUCAACUACAUUUGCAUCCAUGUCAUUGUAAUAAAAAUAUUACACAAAAAGUCUUUACUGCUGAGAGCCAGUAACUGCAUUUUGGCCAUCAUAGCUGAACUUGAAGUCAUGCCAGUUGACAAUUGGUACAUCAAACAAACCUGAUCUCUCUAUCAAAGCUCUCACACAGUAAUUAGACUCUUACAAAGAACUGAGCUGAUGCUUUAAAGUUUAUUUUGAGAAAUCGCUCUCCAUACUCUUUGUAGGUUGGCUGCUACAGAGGCCACUGCGAUGCACGUAACCAUCAAAGCCCUCUCAUCAUACUCUAUCAAAUGUUGCUGCUUCAUAUUAUCAGCUGUGUUGUCAUGUAACUCUGUAGACUUUAUGCAUUAACAAGCUUUAUGCAUAUAGAAAAUAUGCAGUAAGAACAGAAACACGCUUAUCUGGGACAAAGCAUUUAUUUUCCUACUACAGUACAUGCACUGAGUUUUUGAUGCUGAAACCAAGUAAAGGGCCAAACCACUAUGAUGACGAUGUUUGCAUUUAACAUCACAGACUCUGAGAUAAAAACAGCUUCACUGUAGUGGCUGAGGCUGAUCUGUAUGCACUGCUAAAUGAUCACCAUCAUCCCAUGACAACUAACCAAGGGAUAUCGUCAUGAACUGUCAUCCUGUCUUCAUGUGUAACUGUUGCACCUCUGGUAUGCACAAGCACCAAAAUGCUUAAAAAAAAAAAAAAAAAAAAAAAAAAAGACUGUGUAUAGGCAUCAUGUACACAGCUGUACAGACAUAGUUUGUCCCUGGCUUUGGUCCUUUAUUUCUGUGCUUCGUCCUCCUCUAACACACCUGGGAAUCUCUCACUCGGCUCCUUUUGCUGACCUCCCAAUGCAAAUAGCAUGCCCUCAUCUGUAAAUACUGUGUUUAUAGUUGUGGCAAAAAAAAACCCAAUCUGGGUGAAGAUUUCCUUUUCUUUCUUCCCUCUUUGUGUCUUGUCUGUGUAAAGCAAUCUAGAUAUAGGCUUGGCUGUCUUGACCAUCUUAGAUGAAUGCAUGUUCUGUGUUUUUAUCAAGGGCAGGAAGAGAGGAAGAUAAAGAGUUUGAGACAUUAAAAGCUUCUCUCUCAAUCAAGUUCUGUUACCACAUUUAAAAAGGCAAAACAUGUCAUGCAGCGUGUUUUGAGCGUCAUUGCAAUCACUGACUUGAUAAGACAGACAGGUUGCUAAUUCUGUUAGCUCGAUCCAAAAACAAACCAUUUUGUCUCAGUUAAAUCAUGUCUUAGUACAAAAAGGAGGAUUUCUCGUUGGCUGCUUGGAAAAGAUCAUUUUACAGUCUCUUAAAGAGCAGUUUAAAACUAUUUGACUAGUUAGCUUCAUUGUGCUUUUGCUGUGUGUGUUCUACCAUUAAAGCCAGAUGCUAAAUGCUAAUGCUAACAUCUAACCUCAUUGCGAACGCAGCAUGCUUUUACCUGAAUCAAUUUUUAGAUGUUUGGUUUUUAAGAUGGAAAGUAAAACUACACCUCAACUCAUGGCAAACAAGAAAAAGGCCUUUCAGUUCUGUGAUGAAACAGAUCUUUGGCUCCAUUACACUGUAGCAUUAUAUUAGUUUGUAGCUCAUUUAUCAAUAAAAGCCUUUAUGAGUUUAAAAGGGAAUUUAACCCCUUUGAGAUUUAGCUCUUGUUUUGAGCUACCGAACUUCUAGUUCCUGUGAUUUACAAACAGCAUAUAGAUGGACCGAGAGUACAACUUCUGUUGCCUGUACGUACAUAAAACUGUGAUAAAAACAUCAUUAAGAACACACACCAGUUGAUGUCACAUGUGAGGUAUUACUUAAUACAAUUUUACAAGUUCCUGACAUGAGUCAAGUAUUUACAAACCUUAAAUUUAAUUGCCUACCUUUAAUUAUCAGUAAAAAUAAAACUGCUUUACAGACAACAAACACCUGGAAUUCAACUGUUUAAACAAAUACACAAAUACUGCUUUUAAUGAAUUUAUUUAAGAUUUUAAAUAUUUGAUCUCAGGUCUACUAUAUGCAAAUCUAUUGGACAUCACACAGUAUAAGAGGAGAAUAAACUGUCAUUUAGUAUAUUAUUUCAGUGUUGUGUGGGCAUGUACAGUAGCAGAUUCUCUUGCACGGUCACUUUGUUGUUUUUGAUUGUUAGUCAAUCUGAAUGUUUAGUCUGUUUAUUUCCCCCCUUUCUUUUUUGUCAUUCAGUCUCUUUUAAUAAGAAACUCUGGGAAAUUUAAUUUCAGAAGAAUUAGAAAAGAGAAAAAAAAAAAAAAAAAACCCUAAGUAAUGACCCCCCUCUCUUCUGGGACAACCAAGCCUUAUGAACUUUGUGAAGUGAAAAUUUUGAAUGUUUGUAUGUUAUAAAAGAAAACAUGGAUUGUUUUAUAUGUUAAUACUGCCACAAUAAAGCUCCCUAAUGAAUAUAUAUUGAAA